AUUAUUACUAUUACAAUUUUUUUCCCUCUCUUCUUUUUGGUUUUAGCUUAUGAUGAUAAUGGAUUGGGGUCUUCAAGCUGUUGUUAUUGGAUCAUCAACUUCAUGUAGUGAUCAUCAUUUCCAUGGAGCAAAUAAUAAUAUUGAUUUUUCUCCUAAUUUGGGAUUUCAAGAAAGUGAUCAAUAUUUAUCUUUUUCUCAUGAGAUGAAAAAAGAGUUUUUUAGUGAUGAAUUAGAAGAACUUUACAAGCCAUUUUAUCAUGUUGGUGGACAAAAUAUGUUGAUGGGAUCUUCAAUUUCACUAAUUCCCAAAGAAAUUGAAGAAGAGAAGAGAGAAGAAGAGCAGAGACAUGAACAACAAGUGGUGGCUGCUCCUUGUACAUAUGUACCCAAGUACAAAAAAAGGAAAAAUGAACAAAAGAGAGUGGUGCUUCAAUUAAAAGCAGAUGAUCUUUCUUCUGAUAAAUGGGCUUGGAGAAAAUAUGGUCAAAAACCCAUUAAAGGCUCUCCUUAUCCAAGGAGCUAUUAUAGGUGCAGCAGCUCAAAGGGAUGUUUAGCAAGAAAACAAGUAGAACAAAGUUGUACUGAAAAUGGAAUAUUUAUUGUGACAUACACAGCUGAACAUAAUCAUAGUCAGCCAACACGUAGAAAUUCUCUAGCUGGUACUGUCAAAAGCAAAUUUCCAAAUUCAAAAAACUCUAUUAAUAGUCCUAAAAAAAUUGUGAAAGAAGAAAAAAAUUCAAGUCCACAUGGUUCAACAUCAAAUGCAGUGGACGCAUACAUUCUAUCAGACGAAUUUCCAGAAAUAGAAAUAAAUCAAGAGAACGAUGAAGGGAUCAGAAAUAUGUUUGAAGGAAGUGAUGAGAAUGAAUGUGUUUCAAUUCAAGAAAUGUUUGAUGGAGAUUUCUUUGCUGGUCUUGAAGAUAUUCAUGAUGGAUUUAAUAACUAUUCUACAUUUCCCUUUUCUUGUUGAUCAUGUAAUAUAUGUAUUGGAAUCUUCUCUCUCUCUCUCUCUCUUUUUUUUUUUUUUUUUUUUUUGUAGAGAAUCCAUUAGGAAAAAACUAGAUAAGAGAUUAAUUAGCAAUAUAUAUGGACUUUUUUUUUUCAUUAUUCCUAAAUUUCUCUUUUGCCAAGAAGUGUCCACCCAAGAUCCAAAAUACAGUAUUUUCUUUUGCUAUAUAUUUAAUUUUAAUUUGUAAAUAUAUAGUAUGUGGGGAAAUCUUCUCUAUACAAGUUCUAGGACUAUAAUUUUGGAUAGAACCUUGAUAGGUAGAGAUGUAAGCACAUCAAGUUGUGAAGUGGUCUUGUACUAAUUAAAUA